GCAUAUACUUGGAGAAUGUUUCUUCUACUAAAUGGCUUUGGCUUCGAUCCCUUUGGACACUGCUCACUCUCUAGUAACAUCGUAUUUUCAGCUCUCUGCAUAGCACAAAGGCCGAGCCAAGAGGUUGAAAUGGCCAAAAUACCCUCUAAAUCGCACUUUGUUUUUGUGCAUGGCGCUUCACAUGGGGGAUGGUGCUGGUACAAAAUCCGGUGUCUUCUGGAGAAGGCAGGCUCCAAGGUGACGUGUUUGGACCUUGCCAGCGGCGGGAUUAACCCAUCGGAUGCGAAUUCGAUUUUCACGUUCGAUGAAUACAACAAGCCACUGAUCGAUUUCAUGUCAGCCUUGCCGGAGGACGAAAAGGUAAUUCUGGUGGGCCACAGCCUUGGAGGGCUGAACGUGACUGACGCGAUGAACAAAUUCGUGAACAAAGUCCAUCUCGCCAUCUAUGUGAACGCACAAAUGCUACCACAAAAAGGAGAAGACAAGGAUAAGUCAGAGUACCGGCAUGCGUUCGAAAUAUGGCAUGGAUUGGGGCCAGAUAAGCCUCCUACAGGUGUAUUGAUGCGCAAGGAAUUUCACCGCAAACUCAUGUAUAAUAUGAGCCCUGAAGAGGUAUACAUACACGUAUCUAGAGAAAUCAUCAAUAAAGGCUAUAAAAUAUACUCUACCUCAAUGAGACUCGACCCUAGCUGCAAUACUCUUACGCCCAUGUCCAGUCAUGGCGGUGGCGAAUGCAAACAUCAGAGUCGGAGAAGGCGUCAACAAGGUGACACGGAUCUGCAUAAGGGGCACCAAAGACACUUUCUACAAGGAGAAAAGCUUCCAAGCUCAGAUCAAGAUGUGGCCCCCAAGCCAAAUACUGACGGUUGAGAGUGACCACAGCCCAUUCUUUUCUGCCCCGACCCAGCUCUUCAGCUUGCUAGUCGAGGCCACAGCUUCAAUCUCUUCUGAUUAAAGGUUUAUGCAGCACCCAGGCUCUCUGGGGCCCACCAUGUUUCAUAUGUAAAAUCUACUCCGUCCAUCAGGUUCUAUUCCCGGUUUUAGUCAACAAACAGAAGAUAAGUUAGAUUCGCAAUUCAGUUGGGCCACACCACAGGUAACAAUGUGCACUGGAUGCUAACCAUAGAUUGUUUUUGAGUGAUGCCACCAUGUUGUGCAUCUUUCAUCAAACCCGUUGAUCAAGUGUAACUCACUUGGAUGAAGUGAAGAUAGAAAAAUCAACACGAUCCAAAACUCACGUGUCUCAAAUUGUCUGAAACUACAAGUUUUAACAUUGUUCCCAUUGUGUGGUCCAGCCAAGUUGUUGGUGGGCUGAUUUUCUACAUAUACAUUUCAAAAAAGCCUUUCCACCUGAUGGACAGAAUAGAUUUACAUAAACAACAUGGCGGGCCAUACAGAGCUUGGAUGUUUUACGUGCAGGUGUUAUAGACAAUUCCUACCUACAAUUAUAUAAGCAUCGUAUGCCCUCAUUCACUGUUCA